AUGUCUACCGAGCAGACUUUCAUUGCUAUCAAGCCCGAUGGUGUCCAGCGUGGCCUCGUCGGACCCAUCGUCUCUCGUUUCGAGCAACGCGGCUUCAAGCUCGCUGCUAUCAAGCUGGUCACUCCUCCCCGUGAGCUCCUUGAGAAGCACUAUGCCGACCUCGCCGAGAAGCCUUUCUUCCCCGGCCUUGUUACCUACAUGUUGAGCGGCCCCAUCUGCGCUAUGGUCUGGGAGGGUCGUGAUGCCGUCAAGACUGGCCGCACUCUCCUCGGUGCUACCAACCCUCUUGCCUCUGCCCCUGGCACCAUCCGUGGUGACUACGCCAUUGAUGUCGGUCGCAACGUCUGCCACGGCUCCGACAGCGUCGAGAACGCCCAGAAGGAAAUCGCUCUCUGGUUCAAGGAGGGUGAGGUUGUCAGCUACAAGCACAGCCAGUUCGACUGGAUCUACGAGAAGGCUUAA